UAUCUCACAAUUGACAUAUUUUGGAAGUCGCGCUACCCAAUAACAAGUAAAUCUAUAAUUUUUGGUAGUUUAUGUGAGAAAACGAAAAUAAGUUUCUGAAAUACUUAACAAAAUGGAUUUCGUUAAGUUCGAAAGUGCAAGAGAAAAGGAGCGUUUACGUCAACAGCUUCGGGAGGCGCGAGAUCAAAUGCUUGAUCAGGCAAAGUCGCGACGGGAACAAAGGCUUAAACGUGAAGCCGCACAAGAAUUGCGUGGCGAAAGCAAUUGGAUGUUGCCCACAGUAGCCGCAAAAAUUGACAAACUUGGUAAGAAAGCUACUGAAUCAAAGAGAUCAAAGAAGAAAAAGGAAAAGGCUAAAGCAAAGAAGUCCAAGAAAAAAGGAAAACAUGGUAAGAAAAGUAAAAGGUAUUCAUCUUCUGAGUCCGAUCCAGACACUUCAGAGAUAGACAGCGAGGAUAGCUCGUCUGAUGGCGAACCAAGCAGUUCUUCUAAAAAGAAGAAAAGGAAGAAGAAGAAAAAGGAAUAUUCAUCUUCAGGUUCAGAUUCUUGGGAUAUGCCAAGUGAUGAUAGUUCUUCGGAUGACGAAAAAAAGAAAUCAUCUAAAUCAAAUGUGAAAAAGAAAAAAGGCAGGAAAAGUUCAUCAUCAUCGCCUUCGGACUCCGAUUCGUCUACAACUGACAGUAGCAAUUCAUCUGAAGAAGAUGCAGCCAAAAAGUUAAAACGAGAACUUAAACGAAAACUUAGUGAAGAUGAAAAAAAUAAAAAAUUGGCUAACAAAAAAAGAGCCCAAGCUGAUAGUGAUAGCGAUAGCGAUGAUCUGGAAAAAUGGGUAGAAAAGCCGCCACCAACUACUACUUCUACAGUACCAGUGGCGCGAGAUAGCUGGAUGACUGAUCCAUUACUAUUGAAAACAUUCAGUAAGGAGAGAAAAGACAACACAUCCACUGAAAAACAAAACUAUGAAUCUUACGAUCCGGCUAAGAGUACACGCGAACUAAAUCCAUAUUGGAAGACCACGGGCACGGGCUUACCGGGUUUUAAAAAACCGAACGAGGACAAUGAUGACGAUAGUGACGAUGAACGGCUAGCAAAGACAUUCGCAUCAACUUCAAAUAAAGCUAGCGGUAGUGGUGUAUCGCGUAGCUGGCAAAAACGAACAGACGAUUUACUAUGUGACAAAAAAGGUUCGGCAAACAUGUCCAUUUACAGCUCUGAAAGCAGUGGUGAUGAAGAAUUGGUACCAGAAAAGCCAACCUCGACUGGUAAAUUUUUAACCGACCAACAAAUGAAUGAACUGGGCGCGAAAUUAUUGAAAGCAGAAAUUAUGGGUAAUGACGAUUUGGCGGCAGAAUUGAAGCUACAGUUAGAAAAUGCACGGAAGGACCGUGCCGCCUUUAAAGACCAAAAACUUUUACAACCCACAACGCAUAACAGUAAAAUACGAAAACGCAAUGAAGAUGAGCAUGUACUGCUUACGCGCACAGACGAACGUGGUAACACACGACCACUGUCACAAGCUUCGCGAACUGUGGAUGAACGUGAACUAUAUGGAGGACGUAAUGCACGCAAAAAGCAAAAACGCCUUGAAACACAUAAGGAUGGCGAACGCAUGCGGUAUUUCCCAGACGAUGACAAAUACGAUAUUAAACAAAUGUUUGAACGUGAGAAAUAUACCAGUGCCAGUGAUGCCAAUCUGGAGUUUGCAAAAAUUGCAGGAAAACACAAAAAUCCCAAUGAUGAUUUAGAUGAUAUAUUCGCCGAUGAAGUGCGCAAGGAUGUAUCACAGUCAUCCACAGAUCGCAGAGAAAUGCAGCGUGCUAUUACGGAGCAUGAACGCCUUAGCGCACAACUUGAUAACUGCAGAUAUUGUUUCGAUUCACCAAAAAUGGAUAAAAGCCUAAUGGUAUCUAUGGGUGAACAAGUAUAUCUCGCUUUGCCAUGGCAUAUAGGCAUGCAAUCGGGACACUGUACAAUCAGCACAACGCAGCAUGUAAGUUGCUGCACGCAGUUGGAUGAAGAUACUUGGUCCGAAGUGAACGAUUUUCGCAAGGCACUCACGCGUAUGUUUGCGGCACAGAAAAAGGAUGUGGUUUUCUUUGAAAUCGCAACACGUCUAUCAAGACGUCCGCAUCUUAGUAUACACUGUGUACCCAUACCGGAUGAACAGUCGGAAAUGGCACCAUUUUACUUCAAAAAAGCUGUCGAAGAGUCGGAGCUCGAAUGGAGUGUAAAUAAGCAGCUGGUAACGUUGAGCGGCCGUGACGGUAAAGGUUUACGAAACUGUAUACCCAAAGGAUUGCCUUACUUUUGGGUUAAUUUCGGUAUGGACACGGGAUUUGCCCAUGUUAUUGAGGAUGAAGAUCGCUUUCCACAAAAUUUCGCUUUGGAAAUUAUCGGUGGUAUGUUAGAGUUGGACCCGAAGAAAUGGCGCAAACCUCAAAAGGAGCAAAAUAGUAUCGCUAAAGUUAAAAUGUUUGCCGAUUGGUGGAAAAAAUACGAUUGUACUAAGUAAAUUCAAAAUACAUUAAAAUUCAUAUAUAUAGAUAAAACUAUAUAUAUUUCAAUAAGUUUAAAUUAUGGCAAGAAUAAUAAAUGUUUUAAA